GCAGCAAUGAAUCACUUGGACAAGAUACGUUUAUGGGGCAAAGCGAUACGUGUUAUGGCCAGCAAACAUCAGGCAGUUCAGCUACCUAAAGAAGGGCAACCCGAUGCUGGACUUACACGUGACUAUUCCCAGAAUCCAUUACAUAGAUUUAAGAAGCCUGGCAGCAAAAACUAUCAAAAUAUUUAUUCACCAUCGGCAACAUUGCAUUUGAGUAACAUUCCCUCCUCCUGCACUGAGGAAGACAUCAAGGACGCUUUUACCUCUAACAACUUUGAAGUUAAAGCUUUCAAAUUUUUCCCCAGUAAGGAUCGCAAAAUGGCUUUACUGCAGUUGGCAUCGGUUGAGGAAGCUGUUUUGGCUCUCAUCAAAAUGCACAAUCAUCAGUUAUCGGAGUCGAAUCACUUACGUGUUUCGUUCUCGAAAUCUAAUAUUUAAGUUGAACGGUUUCUUAACCACUAAAAACAAAAAAAAA